GUCGGACCGUGGCCGGUUUAAAUGCUGAAAGCGUAUAGUGAAUUUGAAAACACCCUUGAGCGGGAUUUCCCGAGGCAGGAGGCGAGGAGUUUACAAUUCCGGCCACUGACAUGCGUCUCCACAUCAUUACCGUAGCCGUCUUUUGGUGUGGUCUUGUGGACUCGCGGAAAAUAAGAGGAAUAUCUUCGUCCUAUAAAAGGUUCUACAGGGAGAGGAAGUCCUUCCUCUGCAUCGAUGGGUCGAAGAUGAUCCCCUUCGAGCAGGUGAAUGACGAUUACUGCGACUGUGAAGAUGGCUCCGAUGAACCAGGCACCUCUGCUUGUCCCCGUGGCCGAUUCUACUGCACCAAUCUGGGAUUCCGCCCACACUACAUCCCAUCUUCACGAGUCAAUGACGGCAUCUGUGAUUGCUGCGACGCGUCAGAUGAAUACAACAGCCACGCUCACUGCCAGAACACUUGCUGGAAUCUGGGACAGAGAGAGAGGGCGUACGUGGAGGGCCAGAUGAGGGCCUUGGACGAGGGUUUGCGACUCAAACAGCAGCUGAUUGAGGAGGGAGUGCUGCUCUGGAGGGAGAAACAGGCCCAGCUCAGAGAGCUUCAGCAGGCAGCAGAAGAUCUACAGAUCAAAUUAGAGGAACACAGGAGGAGGAAACACGAGGCUGACCGACUCAAAGAGCAAACAUUAAAGGCGCUGGAAGCAGGGGACAGCGGUCUCAGACGUCAAAACAUCACGGUCGCCGGCGUUUUCCAGUUACUGGACAGCAAUAAAGAUGGCAGUGUAACGGUGGACGAAGUCAAAGCCAACGUGGCGCUCAUCCACGAUGAGGAGAGGCUUCUCUCUGACGAUGAAGCUCUGGGUUUGUUGGGAGGAGGCCAUCAAAUGGAUCUCACCAAGUUCCGAUACACCCUCUGGGACAUCCUGACGAGAGGAGACAGCGUCAAGAUCAAAGGCCCACAUGGCGCAAUAAGCAGUCUUGUAUCUGAAGAUCCUCACUUACAGGCAGCUGAUAAAGCUGCCGAGUGGGAGGCUACCAAUCUGAAGAAGGUAGAAGAAGCCUAUGAGACAGUCAACAUGGAAAUAAGCGAUCUGCGAAAGCUGCUCGCCAUAGACUACGGAACAGACUGGGAGUUUCUGUUUUUGAACAGCCAGUGUUACAAGCUGAAAGUAUACGAGUAUACUUACACCCUGUGCCCGUUCAAUCAAGUCACACAAAAGAGCACUGCAGGAACAGAGGUCUCGUUAGGGAGGUGGGGGAUGUGGGCAGGGACGCCGAAGAACCAGUACAAUCAGAUGGUGUAUGAGAACGGAGAGCCCUGCUGGCAGGGAGGUUCGCGCAGUACGACAGUCACACUGACAUGCGGAACGGAGACAGCCUUGCGAUCAGUGAAGGAGCCCAGCAAAUGCCAGUACAUCAUGGACUUUCAGACUCCUGUGGCCUGUCAGCCGGUGCUGAAGCAGCGGGGUAUACACAGUGAACUGUGACCCCUCAUCUUACUGGCCUAGCCUAGAAUAACUUGGACCCCACCUCCUCCUUGGCUAGCCUGCAGUGACAGGCCCGGGUCCUGAGGGUCCUCUCAGACAUCUGUGUUGUCAGAACAUAUAUACUUCCAAGAAAGUCUGGCUAAGGUCAGUGUCUGAUUCUCGGCAACACUGCUUCCUACACUGCUUUACUUUGUUACAGUGCUACUUUAUUUGGUGUCAACGUCUGACCAGAGCAUUUACUUGGACACUAGCGUUCUUAACUCCUGCUAAGGGUUAACCUCGGCAGGAUUAAAGCGAGAGUCAUUAAAUUAAUAAAACAAAACUAGAUGAACUGUUGGGUCUAAGGACACUGCUGCUAAUGUAAUCUCUGUUAAAUAACUGCUUUAUUCACAGGCACAAUCAAAGGAGCUCUGCUACAUUAUUAUCGUCUCAAAUCAAAUCUUUCUAGAAGUAAUGUGUGUUUAACUAACAACCAACAAAUAUAAUAUCUGCUAAAACCUGCUGUCCCCAGUAAUUUAAUAAUGGUUUAAAGUCUUGAAUCGAUGUAUUUGUUCCCGUUUGUGUCUUUGUACCACGUCGGUUAUAUAACCUAACAUCCUCUAAGACUUCCGUAAAUAGCUUCAAAUGUAACCUGCUGCCUAACUUUUUUUUUUUUUUUUGUAACGUCUUUGUCUACGUAGCUUUUCCAUCAUUUCAUGCAGCUUACUUUAUAUUAUUAUUGUUAGUCCUCAUAUGCGCUUUUGGGUUUCUUUCACCACUAUUAUUAUUUUCUACAUCCAUUGCUGCAAAGCACUUCAUGCUGAGGCUUUUGGCAUAUAAGGCCUUUUGCCAUGAAAGACACCAGUAUAAUUAAAUGUUAAAUGUACGCUAACAUUAGCAGGAGCAGAGAAAGCCUUCAAGUCAGUGAACUGACUCGGUAAUAGACGGCAGUAUCAGUAAACAUCACAUUAAAUCAAACACAGACGGAACAGUGUCCCUUAAUAGACUCAGACAAGAUAAUUGUUCUUUAUUAAUGUUACUUUGUUACGUUUGUUACUUACGUUCUAACGCGGCGCAGGCUGCUUCUUUUUCUACUGUGGUAAUGGUUUAAAUGUGUUAGUUUGUGUGUUCGAGCAGGGAUAUACACGCAACACGUAUCAGCUCGUUUAUUUAAACCAAAAUAACACGUGUCCUCCAAAUCCCCACAUACGAGCACAUGAAUGGAACAAAACUAGAAGAACUUCCCAAGGAGGAAAUUUCCAUAUUCUUGACUUUUUGCCUUUUCAGUAGGAAAAAAUACGAAGGAAGUCCACCACAUCAUUCAGUAUUGUCCUCUCAGAUGUAUAUUCUAGUACGUUUACAUUUAAAAUCCAAUAAAGUCAAUUGUGUAAAUGAUGUAAUAAAUAUAGUGACAUGUAAUAAACAGUUUCUUCAUUUUAA